CACUGCGGACUGAGAUGGGGGGGGGGCCUGGAGAGGAACCAGCGGUUGUGUGGAAGUUGCCACGGGCCCUGCCGGCGUGGAGGGGAGCUCCCACGGCCUCCCCGCCCCCGGGCGGGACCGGCCUCCCCCCACCGCCUCCUCCGGGCGGGGGAACCCUGCGAGCGGGGCGGGCACGGCGGCGGCGGCGGCAGCGGCGGCGGCGAGGAGCCGGGCACAGCUCCGCUGUCCUGCGGGGGCCCGGAUCGAGCCGAACCGAGCCGUGCUGAACCGGGCCGCGCCCAUCAAAACCCAACCGGACCAAACCCAGCCGUGCCGUGCUGAACCGGGCCGGGCCGAACCGCGGCCCCUGCGGAGCCAGACCGGAACUAACGGGACCGGAGCGGGCCGGGCCAGGGUGGGGGGGCGGCCGCUGUCCGUGGUGCUGAAGGCGGCGCGGCCGCUGUCCGUGGUGCUGAAGGCGGUGCGGCCGCUGUCCGUGGUGCUGCAGGAGCGGCCCGGCCCGGCCCGGCCCGACCCGGCUUCCCCCCCCAGCGCCGGCGGCCGGAGCCGGCCCAUGCACCUCGGCCAUGGAGACCCGCGCCGCCGGCUCGGGGGGGGCUGGCUACAACGAGGCCCUGCUUCACAAGACAAUCCUGGUCGGAGACAGCGGCGUGGGGAAGACAUCUCUGCUGGUCCAGUUUGACCAGGGCAAGUUCAUUCCUGGCUCCUUCUCCGCUACCGUGGGCAUUGGGUUUACGGUGAUGUUACUUGGAGACUCGGGCGUGGGGAAAACCUGCUUCCUGCUCCAGUUCAAAGACGGGGCCUUUCUCUCCGGGACGUUCAUAGCCACCGUGGGCAUAGAUUUCCGGAACAAAGUGGUGGCCGUGGACGGCGUGAAGGUGAAGUUGCAGAUCUGGGACACGGCAGGACAGGAGCGUUUCCGCAGCGUCACCCAUGCCUACUACAGGGAUGCCCAAGCCCUGCUCCUGCUCUACGAUAUCACCAGCAAGAUGUCCUUCGACAACAUCCGCGCCUGGCUGACGGAGAUCCACGAGUAUGCCCAGAAAGACGUGGUCAUCAUGCUGCUGGGCAAUAAGGCUGACGUGAGCAGCGAGAGGGCUGUGAGGACGGAAGAUGGAGCAUCGCUGGCCAGGGAGUACGGGGUGCCUUUCAUGGAGACGAGCGCCAAGACGGGCAUGAAUGUGGAGCUAGCCUUCCUGGCCAUUGCCAAGGAGCUGAAGCAGCGCGCGGUGCAGCCGCCGGAGGAGCCCCGCUUCCAGAUCCAUGACUACAUCGAGUCACAGAAGAAGAAAUCAAGCUGCUGUGCCUUCGCCUGAGAGUGGCCGGGAGGAGCUGGCAGUCCCGGGGGUGCAGGCAGGCAGGAGGCAGAACAGGGGCCCAAUCCUGCCCUCGAGUGCCCAAGGGAACCAGGCUCUGACAAGCCAAGCGUGGACGGGACGAUUCGGCAGAGCGAAGCGUGCACGGGGAGAGCCAUUGCCCUGGCGCCAGGAUCCAGGGGCCAGAUCCUGCUGCCCUGUGGGGCAAUGCCUGGAGCUUACUGUGUGCUACUGGGGGAAUAACCGCCGUGUGAUGACUGACAGCCUGGCCAGCGAGCCAUUGUGGUGCCUCCAUCACCUGAGCAGGAUACGGCCCCGCAGCUAGCUGAGGGCUCCUGGGAGCGGCUGGAGGGGCUGCGUGUGUGCCAUGGAUGAGCCUUCGCACAGCCGCCGGUCCUCUCCUCCCCUGCAGCCAUCCCCGCUCUCGUCCAGCUGAAAGGGCCUGAUCCAGCCCCCGCGUCCCCAGUGCUGCCAGGGUCUGGCUUCCCUCCAGGGAGCCUCAGCUCUGCCCCCCAGGCUGCCCCACGGCUGAGUCCAGCCGGUGCCCACACUCACCGUGACUCCUCGCUGCUGCAGUUGCUAAUGUCAGCUUUUAUCCUCCUGCCGCCACCAGGGCAGCGAUGUCCCUGUUGUGUCCUGGUUCUGCUGGAGGGAAGGGCCGGGAUGGGGAAGCGUCCAGCCAAGCCUGCUCCCUGCCUGCGCAGCUGACGUGAGAAAUAAAACUCCCCUUGGAGCACCCGAGCGAUGCUUGGGGCAGUUGUAGUAUACACGGCGAUUUGGAAAAAACUUUAUUUCCCUCCUCUUGUAGCCACAGGAAUUAGACACUUUUUUUUUUUUUUUUUAACAAGAAAAGCCUUUUUGUUUUGAAUCCCUCCAGACAAAACCAUCUCCGGCCUCACGCAGGCUGGAGCUGGUGGGGUGGAGGUGCCCGCGGUGGCCUGGGGCUGCUGUGCCUGCCGGCUCCCAGGGUGGGCUGGGUUUCUGUCCCAUCGCUGCACAUGUCAUACAACUGUUUCUUCCUGCCACUGGCAAAUAGCAGCUGAAACCCACUCUCUGGAGAGCAGAUGCCUGAGAUGCUUCAGCCAGCAAAUGCUGCUACACGGGGCACAAGGUACAAGGCUUGGGUCCAGAGUUGCUGCACAUCCCCGGUCCUCAGCCUGGCCCUGCCGACCCCUCCAGCACGCUGCCGGCUCCCCUGACCGCUACCUAGGGUGGUGAGAUGGUGAAUAUUUGGUUAUAUAGCUGAAGAGUCGAUGCGAAGGGCAGCUGCGGAGGGCAUGGCACUUUUGCACGUCGGAGUCGGGGACUGUCCGGCACAUCCGUCCCCGCCAGCAUCUUCCCUGGCCCUGCGCCCCAGCUGCUCGUCUCUCACCUGCCCCCGUCCCUCCUUCGCCUCUGCUCUGCUCCCGGGUCUUUCUUUGCAAGUUUACAGAUUAAAGCUGGGUAUUUUCAA